AUGUCGGACGCCGCUACUGCUGCGCAAACUGCGCCGGCCGCGCAAAAGUCGGAUGACGCGAAGGAAGCCGGUUCCAAGUCGCCGGCAAGCCCGGUUGCGACAGCCGAUGGAAAGGCUGAUGCCGCUGGCGCGAGCGACGACAAGACCGACGCGACUCCUGCCGAUGAUGCCGACAAGAAGUCCACCCAAGGCAAGUACAGAUUCCAUAACGAGUCGAGCGAUAAGACCGAACAAGAAAAGGGAGACGUCGAGAUGAAGGACGCGGCUGAGGAUGCCAAAGAGUCGGGCGACGCGGCGGGCGCAGAAGACAAGUCGGGCGAGGAUGAUGCCGCCACCACCACGGUCGCGGAGAAGGUCACAGAGGUCGUCGCUGACGCGGCCGACAAGAUCGCAAAGGCACCAGGCGCGGUUGCCGACGCCGUCGCCGAGGUCGCGGACAAGGUCACGCCGGCAACACCUGCGGCCGACAAGAGUGGCAACAGCAAGUCGCGUAGGAAGUCGAACGCGACGCCCGGAGACGCCAAGAGGAAGCUCAACAAGAAGGGUUCUAGGGCCCGGAUAACGCACACGGACGCCAAGCCGGGCGACUACUUCUUCAUCAAGCUCAAGGGCUACCCCAAGUGGCCCGGCAUCGUCUGCUCGGAGGACAUGCUGCCCCAGACUCUGCUCAGGACGCGUCCCGUGACGGCCAUGAAGGCCGACGGAACAUAUCGGGAUGACUAUGCGGAUGGCGGCAAGCAGAUGCACAACAGGACGUUCCCGGUCAUGUAUCUGGCUACCAACGAAUUCUCCUGGAUCCCCAACACAGACCUCGAAGAUCUCGACACCUCCACCGUUGCCGACUUGGUAACCCCCAAGAUGCGCAAGGAUCUCCAGGCUGCUCACGAGCUCGCGGCCGAAAACAACGACCUCGACUACUUCAAGGAUCUUCUCAUUAAGCAUCAGGAGCAUCUGUUGGAGGAAGAGAAGGAGCUGAGGGCUGCCGAGGCGGCUGCGGCGGCCAAGGCAGAGGCAAAGGCUGCAUCUUCCAAGAAGGCGGCAAAGAAGACAUCUGCUGCCAGGGAGAGCACAGACGACGAUGUUGAGAUGGCCGAUGCUGGUGAUGAUGACGAACCUCCCGCUCAGGAGAAGAAGACCUCCAAGAAGCGCAAGGCUGAGGAGGAAGCUGCCACUCCUCAGAGGGCAGAGUCGGUCAAGAAGCCCAAGAUAAAGCUCACCACCAGCUCUACCCCUAAGCCGGCUAACGGCGCCUCCACACCCAAGUCUGCCAAGCCCGCAUCAGAGGCGAAGCCUAAGGCGGCCAAGGCUAAGAAACCAGCGGCGGAGAAGAAGGUCGAGAAGGCGGAGCCAGUGGUACCAAAAGAGCCGGAGCUCUCCCCUGAGGAGAAGCACCAACGGAAAGAGAAGGAGGUCUUAUUCCUCCGUCACAAGCUCCAAAAGGGACUCCUGACGCGCGACCAAGAGCCCAAGGAGGCUGAGAUGAAGACCAUGUCGGAAUUUAUCACCAAGCUCGAGGGCUUCCCAGACCUCGAGGUCAGCAUCAUCCGGGCGACCAAGAUCAACAAGGUUCUCAAGGCCAUCCUCAAGCUUGAGAACAUCCCCAAGGAGGAGGAGUUCAAGUUCAAGCCAAGAUCGCAAUCGCUCCUCGACAAGUGGAACAAGCUGCUGGCCGGCGAUGGAGGCUCGGCCAAUGGGGUCAAUGGAGCCUCCAAGAAGUCCGCUGCCGCUACCAGCGAAUCCAAGGCGGACAAGAGUGACAAGAGCGACAAGAGCGAGACCAAGUCCGAGCCAGCAAGCGCAAAUGGGGUCAAGGAGAACGGUGAUGCAAAGGAGGCCACGCCGGUCAAUGCCGAUGAGCCAGCAAGCAAGAGCGAAGAGCCAUCUGAGAAAGCAGAGAAUGACAGCGAGGCAAAAGAGGAGGAUACCAAGCCUACGGAGGCCGUCGAGGCAGCUGCUUGA